AUUCAUUGGCCCCUUUUCAUUCAGCCUUCUGAGUUUUAGAAGGGGAGAGAAAAAAAAAGGGGAGAGGUCGAGGAGAGCCAGGGAGCAAUGGCGGAUGUGCAGAGGAGAAGGCCGAUGCCACCAGGUCCGCCGAGAGGCCCGCCUGGUCCGGUGCAGGGAAAGCCCGUCACUCGAUCCGAACCUGUUGAUCGCGAGAAGACAUGUCCACUGCUGCUUCGUGUUUUCACCAAGGUCGGAGGCCAUCACACUGAGAGUGACUUUGCUGUGAGGGGGAAGGUGCCUAAAGAUGAAGUCCAAAUUUAUACCUGGAUGGAUGCUAGUCUACGUGAACUCACUGAUCUGGUUAAAGAAGUGGUACCUGAAGCACGAAAAAGAGAUGCUGUUUUGUCCUUCUCUUUUGUCUAUCCUGCUAAAACUGGCCGAUAUAUUGUCAAACAUGUAGGAGAGACACAUUCCAUUCCAAGUGUAAGACGACCAGACAGUGGACACCAAACACUGAGUGAUCUUAAAUUUGAGAUAGGUGACUACUUGGAUGUGGCCAUUCGUUUUCAACGAUCUGAUACUACUUGAAUGAACAUUCAGGGAGAUGACACCGCCUAAGCAUAUGAUGUUGUGCCAUUGGGCUUUUUCCCUUGAAUUUGUAUCUUGUUUUUCCAGCUUCUGUUUCUAUAUACAUUGUAGUGUAUUUGUGCUUCAGACCUAAAGUAGACUGACUUGGUUGCAUUUUAACUGACUUUAUUGCCCAUUAUGGAAUACUCUGCAUAUUAUUUAUCAAUAUUUGUGGGGGAUCAAUUUUUUUUGUUAUGUUUUGCAUUACAAGUUCCUAUGUUUGUUUUGAACACGUAUCCACCUAUACCGAACAAGUCUUCUUUAUUAAUGAGAAUGUUAAUAAAUUUGAAAAUGCUAG